ACAGAAUGGUACUAAGCCUUUCUAUCUUCAUUGAGACCAAACCAGGCCAUGUUACAGGUCAGAUCUGUGGAAAGGCAGCACAGUCAGAAUGCCUGUUAUUGUAGGUAUUUUUGAGCUAUAAAACCACCUGUAAUUUAAUAGAUGUAAGGUAGAGCUGUUUAAUGGCAGGCAGAGCAAUGAUAUGGCUGCAUUCUGUGAAUGUUGUUCAGAAAUGUGAAAUGUCUUUGUUUUGUUGUUGAGCUGUUUCUGAAAAAAAUAUAAAAUUACAUAGCGGACUUUAUUUCUGAUUAUGUUUCACCAGAAGCCUUUGUCAGAUCAAUUUCUUUAUUUGGACCACAGUGUACGAAAUGGUAGCAAGCCUAAGAUCCCCCUCCAACAAAUAGGAGGUCCCAGACAGUGUGUGGUCUCUCAGUGAGGUCAGCCCACUCUACAAAAAGAUUAAAAUCCAUGAAUUUAGCCUGUGAGGAGUAAGGGUCUUCAGUCAUGAAUCCAAAAAUCCUCCAUUUUAGAAAGAGGUUUACACAGAUUCCCAUCUCUGUCUUUCUGCCUGUUAUUGGUUUGUGUUGAUGCUUUUGUAUGUUGGUGAGGUCUAAAAGGUUAUUUGUGAAUAUGUUUUAAAGAUGGAAUAGUUCUUCUUGGCUAUGAAUCAUUUUCUCAAUCCAGGAAUGUCUUGUAAAAGGCCUGCCCCUCCAGUGCUUUUGAUUUCUGUGUUUUCAUCGACAUUAGAUGUUCUGGCUUUACACUUUGUUAAAAAGAGAUACUGUACAUCUCUGCCCACUCAACCGCCUUGGGCAAAAGAUUUGUGUCCACAUGGAGCUGUGAUAAUAUUUAAACCUGGAAGCUGCUUCAUCUCGAGGAGCAGGUCAGAUGAAGACUGAAGAACAUUCUGGUUUGUUAGUUCAAUAUUAAGCUGCUGUUAGUGGUCAGGAUUUCAUUAUUAUACAGGAUAAAAAUGUCUGGAUAUAUUACCAUUUUAAACUUAUUUUCAUUUUUUUAAAUUUUCCUCAGAGUUGGGCAAAGAGGCACUGGUCUUUCUGCAACAAUCGCUAGAAGUGAACAUGAAAUAUCAGAGAUCAUAGACGGCCUGUCGGAACAGGAAAAUAAUGAGAAACAAAUGAGACAGCUUUCUGUCAUUCCCCCCAUGAUGUACGACUCGGAGCAGAGAAGAGUCAAGUUCAUCAACAUGAAUGGCCUGAUGGACGACCCAAUGAAAGUCUACAAAUCCCGCCAAUUCAUGAAUGUUUGGACGGAGCAUGAAAAGGAGAUCUUUAAAGAAAAGUUUGUUCAACACCCCAAAAAUUUUGGCUUGAUUGCAUCUUAUCUGGAGAGAAAGUGUGUGGCAGACUGUGUCCUUUACUACUACUUGACAAAGAAGAACAACAACUACAAAACACUUGUGAGACGUAACCUUGGGAGAAAGCGAAAGGUGAACCAGCAAAUCCCACGGCCAUCACAAGAAGACAGGUCAGACGACAAGACCGAAGAAGACAAGUCUGAGAAGUCUGAUAAAAAAGAGGACGAGGAGAAGAACAACAAGGAAGAGAAAGAUGAGAAGGAGGACUCCAGGGACAUUGCAAAGGACAAAGACAAGUGUGACGCCGGGGAGGACGAGGACGGGAAGGAGCAGAACACGCCGCGUGGCAGGAAGACCGCCAACAGCCAGGGCCGUCGUAAAGGCAGGGUUACCACGCGCUCCAUGGCCAACGAGGCGGCGUCUGUGGCUGCCGAAGAAGCCCCGCCCCCUGCCCCUGAGCCAGCUGUGCCAGAGCCCACACAGUCCUCCAAAACUGAAUCAGCGCAGAAAGGCAUGAAGGAGCCUGCGAAAGCACAGACUCCCAUAACUACUUCAGAGGCAAAUAAAGCAGCUCCUGGAGAAACCGGAGAAACUUCUCGCUGGACCGAGGAGGAGAUGGAGAUUGCCAAAAAAGGCCUUGUAGAGCAUGGACGUGACUGGACGGCUAUUGCCAAAAUGGUGGGCACCAAAAGUGAAGCACAGUGCAAGAACUUCUAUUUUAAUUACAAGAGGCGCCACAACCUGGACAACCUCCUUCAACAGCAUAACCAGGGAAGGGAUCGGGAUAGAGCUCAAGGUGAAGGCCUAGCCACGGCAUCACCCGACGAUGAUGAAGACAAUGCAGAUGACAGUGAAGGUGCCGACAACAGCUCUGACACAGAAAGCGCCCCCUCCCCCUCUCAGACUGACCCAUCCAAGCCCGCUGACUCGAAGAGAGUGGACAGCACUGUAGGAGACGCUCAGUGCUCUGACCAGGACAAAGGUCAGGCUGCUAAUAAGACUUCCGAAGCAUCUUUUGGAGAGCUCCGAGUGAAGGAGGAAAAGAGCCCGGAGAGUGAGCGGGAGACGCAGGAGGAGAAGGCCCGGGCAGCCACUUAUGUCAACCCCAAAACAGAACCUCAGGAUGUGGAUGUGAAGAGUGCGGAGGUGCAGGUCAAAGUGGAGCCAGAGACAAAAGAUAAAGGGGAGAAGGGAGAACACAGUGACAGACAGAGGCAGCUUCACUCUGAUGAUGACUCUAGCGCCACCUGCAGUGCAGAUGAGGAUGUGGAAGCGGAGCCAGAUAGACAGAGGAUAUACUCCCUGGACAAGCCUUUAUUACUCAGUCCCCCUUCGACUGUACUAGUGUCUUCACCCAAGCAACCAAGUAGCAAGCAGAUGCACCAGCGAGCCGCAGAUAUCCCAGCAAUGGUCCCUGGUCCGUUCGGCCCUGGUGGCGUGCCCCUCAGUGGUUAUGCCAUGCUACAGCAUCAGAUCAAAGUUGUGCACGAGUCUGCUCAUCAGGAGGACAAGCAGAGGCAGGACCACAGAGACCUGGACCGCAGACCACCCUUCAACACCCGCAGCCCCACCAUCCUUGACCGAGAUGUGCUUCGUGCUUCCCCCAACCAGCUCGCCCAGAUGCCUGAUGCUGUUCGUAUGGCGCUUAGCAGACCCAGUCGACCACCCAACAUUCCCUCUCCUCCUCCACUCAUUCCAACCACCAAGCCCACUGACAAACCAUCCUUCAUUCAGGGGGGCUCCAUUUCACAGGGAACUCCUGGUACUUACCUGCCAUCCCAUGCCGUCUAUGGGCCAGAAGGAACUAAGAGCUCUGUGGGCUCCAUAUCUCUGGGGCUGCCUCGCCAACAGGAUCCUAACAAACCUGGAAACCCAAAGGUGGGUGAGGGGAUGCCUUUCAGAGGAUCAAUCACUCAGGGCACCCCGGCAUUACCCCAGUCUAGUAUAGCAGCUGAUCUCCUAAAGGGCGGGAUGCCAAAGCUGGCCACAGAGGACCUCAACAGUCCAGAAAAGACUCGCGGGGAAAUGGCUAAAGCUCAUGUCAUUUACGAAGGCAAAAGUGGCCACAUACUUUCUUUUGAUGCCAUCAAGAACCCCAGAGAAAACACACGUAGCCCACGGACUGGUCAUGACUUGAAACGACCAUAUGACAUGAUGGAGGGGCCCCUGAUCAGAGGACACGCCGGCAGAGAAGCUCCAUUUGAAGGUUUAGUUACCAGAGCUUUGCCAAGAGAAGCCCUCCACAGUGAUAAAGACCGAGCCUUAAUCCCUGGAUCCAUCAUGCAAGGAACACCUAGAACAUCUGCUGAGGCUUAUGAAGAUAGCAUGAAAUAUGGAAAGCAGCCCAAAAUUGAGAGCCCUCCCAUACGCUCUUUUGAAGGUGGGAUUGGGAAAGGCAAACCCUAUGAGGGAGUCAAUACAAUCAAAGAAAUGGGGCGAUCUAUCCAUGAAAUUCCUCGUCAAGAGUCUGGUCCUGACUGCUGCAAGACACCAGAGAUGUCAGACAGGAGAAGCAUGGAGCAUCAUCUAAACCAGUCCACCAUUAAGCACAAUGUCAAGUCCCUUAUUACUAGUCCAAAUAAGCUUCCCCAUGGCAUGCCUCCAAUGGAUCCAAUCGAACGAGCCAAGUACGAGGAGAGCAAGGCUAUAAGGCACAGUGUGGUCAACUCUACAUCUGUCCUGCGCUCCACCAACCAAGAGGCCAGCAAAUCCCAGCUCAGCCCUGGCAUGUACGAGGAUGCCAACGCUCGGAGGACCCCGGUCAACUACAGCACCAGCUCCAUGUCCAGGGGGUCACCUAUGCUGGGCCGAGAAGGUGCUAUGGCCUCUUCAAAGUCUGGGCAACAUGAAAGAAAGCGUUCUAUGACGCCAACACAGCGGGAGAGCAUCCCGGCCAAGUCCCCAGUGUCCAGCAGUGAUCCAGUCGCCUCUCACAGUCCCUUUGACCCUCAUCACCGCCCUGUGCCAGGGGAAGUGUACCGCGCACAUCUGCCCCCACAUCUUGACCCCCCCAUAGGCUUCCACAGAGUGCUGGACCCUGCAGCAUUCAUGUUCCAGAGGCAACCAUCCCCGUCCGGUUUCCAUAACAAUUACCAGCUCUACACCAUGGAGAACACACGGCAGACCAUCCUCAACGAUUACAUCACGUCACAGCAGAUGCAAGUGAUCCCUCGGCCGGAUAUGGCCCGGGGAUUGUCUCCACGGGAGCAGCCAGUUAUCCCAUAUCCAGCUGCAGCCAGAGGGAUUAUUGAUCUAGCCCAGAUGCCUCCAACUAUCCUGUUGCCUCACCCUGGGGGAACAGGUACUCCCACUUUGGAACGCUUCGCCUUCCUCCCUGGACCUCAGCCCCCUUUCCCUCCUAGGGCUUUCAACCAAUCCUCCAUACCGCCAGGCCACCCGGCUCACAUGGCAGCAGCUGCAGCUGCCAAUGCAGAGAGAGAGAGGGAGCGCGAGAGAGAGCGAGAGAGGGAGAGAGAGAGAGAGCGUGACCGCGAGCAGCAGGAGAAAGAGCGGGAGCGAGAGCAGAGAGAGAGGGAGAGAGCCGCUGAAUACAUGCGCACAGUUCCAGGUGGAGAACAGCCUGGCCGACCAGGCAGUCGUGGUUAUUUGCACUCACCUUCCCCUUCGCUCAGGACCCAGGAUGUGGUGGUUCAACAGAGGCCCAGUAUUUUCCCGGCCAAGAGUGUAAUCACCUCUCUGAUGCCUCAUUCUACGACAGUGACCGCAGCUGCCCAGAGCAGCUCUCGCUACAACACAGCGGCAGACGCUCUGGCGGCCCUGGUCGAUGCUGCAGCUUCCGCUCCUCAGAUGGAGGUGUCCAAAGUGAAGGAGAGCAAACAUGACCAAGACGAGGACAUUUCGACACGGCGACCAGCCAGCCUCUCUGAACAGCAGCAGCAACAGGAGGCAGAGAGGAGGCCCAUACAUUCUCCUUACCCCAUGUCUUUGCCUGGAGGGAAGCCCCACUCUGCUUAUCCAGACGCAGCUGGGGGCCAAGGCAAAGAGAAGGGCUCCCAGAACUCAAAGUCUCGCAUAGAAGAGGAGCUCCGAACUCGAGGAAAGACCACCAUCACAGCUGCCAAUUUUAUUGACGUCAUCAUCACGCGCCAAAUCGCCUCAGAUAAAGACAACCGGGAGCGAGGGUCCCAAAGCUCGGACUCAUCUAGUAACAUGUCAUCUGGUCGCUAUGACAAUCAGAGUGGAGGAGCAAUUGAGGUUAUUAGUCCUGCCAGUUCUCCGAUCCAAGCCCAGCCAGACAAAUCAGAGGAUGGCCAACAACAGGCUGCAGCUGGUAUGCGUGGCUACGACAUGAGUCGUUACCGGCAACAAGGAGAACCACCGCCUCAGCCACCCCCCUCCUCCCAGGCAGACAGCUACCCAGUGUCCAAAACUCAGACGCGCAUGAUGACUUUAGCUGAUCACAUCUCGCAUAUCAUAACCCAAGACUUUGCACGGAACCAAGACCCGCCCCCUUCCUCGUCCGCGCCUCCUGCUACAUUCCAGAGCGGGGUCCCCACCAUGUCCUCCGGUCGGCCCAAGGUCCCCAGCCGCUACAGUCCAGAAAACCAGCCUCCGUUCCACCAGAGGCCCUCCAGCAGAGUCUCUCCAGAGAACGCUCCUGAAAAACCCAGAUCCAGGUCUGGAAAGUCCCCAGAUCGAGGGGGCAGGCAAAUGGAGAACUAUGAACCCAUUUCCCCGCCACAGAGCUACCAGGGCAUGGAUAAACAGGAGGGUGGUGUGCCCCCACCUCAGAGGAGAGAGGCUGACAACCCUGACAUUCGGAGCGAUUCGAGGUCUCCGGGGAGUGUCAGCUAUUUGCCUUCCUUCUUCACAAAGCUGGAAAACACUUCGCCCAUGGUUCAGUCCAAAAAGCAGGAGAUCUUUCGUAAGUUGAACUCCACUUCUGGUGUCGGUGAUUCUGAUGUUGCAAAUGCACAACCUGGGACUGAAAUAUUUAAUUUGCCAGCUGUUACCACUUCUAGUAGUAUAAACCCAAGGAGUCAGUCUUUCAAUGAUCCAGCCAGUAACUUAGGCUUGGAGGACAUUAUCCGUAAGGCCUUAAUGGGGAAUCUAGAGGAGAGGCAGGAGGAGCAUCAGGGAGGAGUGGUGCCUGGACUAAGCGCGCAGGGCUCUAAUGACAACCGCCAAGAGGCCACACCAUCACCAAGUAUAGCUAAGCAAAAGCUUCAAGGCAAAGCUGGUAGUAGAAAGUCCAAGUCGCCAAGCCUGGGUAUGGCCUAUGGGGGAGGAGAGCGCCCCUCCUCUGUGUCCUCGGUCCACUCUGAAGGGGAUUACCACAGACAGACCCAAGCCCAAGCACAGUGGAACUGGGAGGAACGGCCCUCCUCCACAGGCUCCAUGCAAUUCCCGUAUAACCCCCUGACGAUGCGUAUCUUGAGCAGCACACCCCCAACCUCCAUAGCAUCCCCUGCUGUCCAGAGUCAGCAGCAGCAGCAGUCUGGGGGUCCUCCUGUGUCCCAGCAGCGAGCCUGGCCCCCUCUUCUGUCUGAGCAGUAUGAGACCCUGUCUGACAGUGACGACUGAGCUCCUCUACAGCAUGUCCUUGUGUAAAACAGGCUUUUGCUGCAGCUGGUCACCCCUCUCCCAGAAUUACCCUGCUCAUUGGUGUGGCCAGUUAAUGGGGGCGGUGUCCUUUUUAUUUUUGGUGCUAUGGCGCCCCCUGGCUGUUGGCUCCAUUUACCAACAGUAGCAUGUGACAAGUGGGGUUCUCCCGACUUGAGAACGUAAUCAGCUUGUCAGGUGGAAAGUAAUCUUGAGGGGAAGACAUUAGAUGAAGAACUUCACACUUCAUAUGUACAAAACAACAUAAGAGACUAUUUCUAAAUUUUGAUUUCUGUGAAGAUAUACCUUGUCUUUAGGAAAAUCAUUGUAUGUAAAUAGAGUAACCUUUUGCAGUGUUUUUCUUAAACUGAUUAUUUCUUAUUUUAAUGUUGCUUUUAAAAUUAUCCACUUAAAUGGGAAGUGGAUGGGUGUAAUAUGUAACAUCACAGCUAGUCUCUCCCAGUCCAGCCCGGCGCGUCAGCUUACCCACUGCGGAGACUGCUGCUCCUGUGGUUAGUACUUGAACCGAAGUGAAGCAGAGGCUGUUCCACCAGAGCCUGUGGAGUGUGGAAAUAAGAGGGCAAAAUGGACUGCCUUUCAUCCAUGGAUUGAUUAAGGUCUGUCUUCACAACAUGGUGGAGAUGAACCAUUAUCAGAUAGUAGAGACAACAACUCACCCCAUUUUAGACACAUUUUUGAACACUGGUGACAUGACAGAAAGGUUAGAGUCUAGUAUAAGCUUAAUGCCCUAAUGACUACUUCUGGGCCCCAUUCAAAUAACAAAAGUGAGCCAAUUUUUUUUCUUUGUUGUCACAUGCAGCGGUCUCUGGUUUCCAGUUGAUCAGGAGUAUACCAUGGUGAAUACAAACACGUCAGGAUUUUUCAGAGCGGUUUUUGCCAUGCCUUGUGACUUGAGAAAGAAGGCAGCUUUAAUUUUCCUCAGAGAUCUUCGUUCGUGUUUGAUGUCCUUCUUUUGUUUUGUAAUCCCUUUUUAUACUGUCCAGAAAAAAAUCUGAACUAGAUUUAAAUUGUCUUUCUAUUACUCAAAAGACAAAAAUUAACCAAACAUUAAGAAUGGUCUGCACCAUUGUUGCACUUUUUUGCUUUGUAGCUUUUGACAACAAGAAGCAUACUACCUGCUGUGUAACUUAUUCAACCUCCGGGACAGGAGUAUACUAAGAUGUGCUUUAAUGUCUCUUCACCACAUACAUAAACCUGUUUGUUUUUACUUCUGUCUUCUCUUGUAGUUUGUACAUUAUUUUAAUAGUGUGCACUCACAUCACAGCUAGUGUUUUAUGUGUAUGGUACCAUUAACUCUUCAGAAUAAACCGUAAUAGUCUAUCA